AGAUACCAGCAAUUUUUGUAUGUAUAUUAUUUUUAUGUCAAGAAUUGUCUUUAGACGAAGAUUUUGAUAAAACGAGAAUUUGCUUUCUUAUGAAGAAAAAUAUUGAUAUAUUGCCUGGCUGCUUUUUAUUGGAAGUAUCGGAACACUUUCUUUAUAAUUAUUUAAGCCCGCUAGCAAGGGAAGCGGCUGUUAAUUACUGCAGCUAAAUUGUAACGUACAUUAUCACAGUUGGUGAACAGAAGUGAAGAAGCAAUAGUGGUGAGCUUUUAUUUCAAUUUGUUAUAGUAAAUAACUUGAUAACAUUUUGAAUAAUGGAAGAAUGUUCUUUUUUGUGACUGCACUAAGAAGGAGGGUUAUUUAUAUUGCAAUAUUUACUUGGAACAUAUAUAACUUUAUACAUUAUACGAUAUAACAUAUUAUAAACGAUAUAAAAAUACUAAAUGAUCUUGUUUGUGUAGAUAUUUAUUAGAGGCAUAAUCAUAAAGUGGUAAAAAAUUACUUGCGCAGAAGUAGAGACUCAUCAAGGCGAGUGAUCUGGAGGGUCAGAGAAAAUUCUGGUAGAUAGAAGGCAUAUGGACCAUUCUUAAUAGAACACAAUACCAAGAUAAGAAAAUAUAAAAGGGUUUCGUGAAGCAAGUAUUAUGAUGAACAAAAAAGUGCGUCAGAAUAUGGUAAACUCUCGCUAAAGAACAAAGUUGCACCAUAAGAUCAAUUCGUGUAGAAACUCUUCUGAUUUAUUUCUAAACUAUUUCGGGAUCACCCUCCUGGAAACAUCUUAAUAAACCAACAACUCAGACCGAGUCUUUCAUAGAGGUCAUUGGGAAAACUGAAAAGUUGCCAAUAAGAUGUCUGCCAACCUUACAUAUUUGUUAUCAUUUUAACAAUGAUGCAACAACGAUCAAACCUAAAAAAUAGUAGCUUACCAAGACGAUGAGGACUAUUAGCAUAUUCCUUUAAAUAUGCAGUUUAUUAAAAAAAACUGGACCAUAGUAGGUUAUACAUCUCUGAGUAACGUUUUUUGUGCUUAUUUUUUGUAUUAUGCCUAUUUACACUAAGGAAGAGUACACUGACAUGGCGUGUGAUGCCGCCCGCAGAAAUGCUCGUGAAGCCCAAAGGAUUUAUCAGGAGAUGCAUCCUCAUCGAAGAUUACCUCACCACGAGACCUUUUCGACGACGUAUCGUCGCUUGAGGGACACCGGAAGCGUACAUUUUCAAGAGCCACGUAUUAAUGUCAGAGAGCAAAAUCUUGCAGUUGAUGAACGGAUACUUCAAGCCUUCGAAGAAAAUCCUAACACAAGUAUUCGUGCUGUGGCGCGCGCUCUUAACCUAACCAUUUGGAAAGUGUGGUCAGUUCUUCGAGCCGUCUUCUGUCUGAUUCUCUUAGUCUUGCAGAAGGUGAUCCUGCCAGGCAAAUGGAAUUCUGUCGGUUUUUAAUGCACACAGAUGUAGACGAUAGAGGAUUGUUAAAACGAAUUCUAUGGACAGACGAAUCCUGUUUUAACCGCGAGGGUAUUACGAAUCUACAUAAUUUGUACCAUUGAGAAACAAAUGGUAGAAAUCUCAUGAAAUAAAUGAAAUAAAACUCUUAAUUUUU